UUUCCCUCCCAGUGAGACCUUGACUGCCCAGUUACUCCCUGGCCUCUCCACAGAGCCAGCCUCUGCCUCAGUCUCAACCAGACAUGUCUAGUCUCCAGGCACUGUGCUCUGGCCUGCCCCUGAGGCCUCUCCCGGAGAACCAAGGACGCUGGGCUGGGGUGCCCCAUGCUCCAGUCAGAACCCCGGGCCUCAGCCCUGCAGAGGAGCAGCUGGCUCUGAGGAAUGCCCUGCGCUACUUCCCCCCGGACGUGCAGGAGCUGCUGGCCCCUGAGUUUGCGCAGGAGCUACGACUGUACGGGCACAUCUAUAUGUACCGAUUCUGCCCCCACAUUGAAAUGAGGGCCUACCCAAUCGAGCAGUACCCCUGCCGGACGAGAGCGGCAGCCGCCAUCAUGCACAUGAUCAUGAACAACCUGGACCCUGCCGUCGCCCAGUUUCCCCAGGAGCUCGUGACCUAUGGAGGAAAUGGGCAGGUGUUCAGCAACUGGGCUCAGUUUUGGCUGAUGAUGUCCUACUUGUCGCAGAUGACAGAGGAGCAGACCCUGGUCAUGUACAGUGGACACUCCCUGGGCCUCUUCCCAAGCAGCCCUGGGGCCCCAAGGCUGGUCAUCACCAACGGGAUGGUCAUUCCCAACUACUCUUCCAGAACAGAGUAUGAGAAGCUGUUUGCCAUAGGGGUUACAAUGUACGGCCAGAUGACAGCAGGCAGUUAUUGCUACAUUGGUCCCCAAGGAAUCGUCCAUGGCACAGUGCUCACCGUGUUGAAUGCUGGGCGUAGAUACCUGGGCGUUGAGGAUCUGGCUGGGAAGGUCUUUGUCACAUCUGGACUGGGCGGAAUGAGCGGGGCUCAGGCCAAAGCUGCAGCCAUUGUGGGCUGCAUCGGUGUCAUAGCAGAGGUGGAUAAAGCAGCCCUCAUGAAACGCCACCAGCAAGGCUGGCUGAUGGAAGUGACUGACAGCUUGGACAAGUGCAUUGAAAGACUCAGGGAAGCAAGGAGAAAAAAGGAGGUGCUCAGCCUUGGUUACCAUGGCAAUGUGGUGGAUCUUUGGGAGCGCCUGGUCCACGAAUUGGACACGACGGGGGAACUCUUGGUGGACCUGGGGUCAGAUCAGACAUCCUGCCACAAUCCAUUCAAUGGUGGCUAUUAUCCUGUGCAGCUUGGCUUUUCAGAGGCCCAGAGCCUCAUGGCCUCUGAUCCUGCCACAUUCAAGGGCCUGGUCCAGGAAAGCCUGAGGAGGCAAGUCUCGGCCAUCAACAGGCUGGCCAAGGAGAACUUCUUCUUUUGGGACUACGGCAACGCCUUCCUCUUGGAGGCCCAGAGAGCAGGAGCUGACGUAGAGAAGAAAGGUGCCAAAAGGACUGAGUUCCGCUACCCCUCGUACGUCCAACACAUUAUGGGGGACAUAUUCUCCCAGGGAUUCGGGCCUUUCCGCUGGGUAUGCACAUCGGGCGACCCCCAGGACCUGGCAGUCACCGAUCAGCUGGCCACGUCUGUGCUGGAGGAGGCCAUUGCUGGUGGAGUGAACCCAGCUGUGAAGCUACAGUAUGUGGACAACAUCCGCUGGAUCCGGGAGGCUGCCAAGCACCAGCUGGUGGUAGGGUCCCAGGCAAGGAUCCUGUAUUCAGACCAGAAAGGACGUGUGGCCAUUGCUGUGGCCUUUAACCAAGCCAUCGCCCAGGGGAAGAUCAAGGCACCAGUGGUCCUGAGCCGAGACCACCAUGAUGUGAGUGGCACAGACAGUCCCUUUAGGGAGACCUCCAACAUUUAUGAUGGCUCUGCCUUCUGUGCAGACAUGGCUGUGCAGAACUUCGUGGGCGAUGCCUUUCGAGGAGCCACCUGGGUUGCUCUUCACAAUGGUGGGGGCGUGGGCUGGGGUGAGGUAAUCAAUGGGGGUUUUGGCCUCAUGCUGGAUGGGACCCAGGAGGCCGAGCAGAAGGCCAAGAUGAUGCUCAGUUGGGAUGUCUCCAAUGGAGUGGCCCGUCGCUGUUGGUCUGGGAACCGGAAGGCCUAUGAGAUCAUCUGCCAGACGAUGCGGGAGAACAAGGGUUUGGUGGUGACACUCCCACACGAGGUGGCAGAUGAGCGAUUGCUCCAGCAGGCCUUGGGGCCAUAGGCUGGAGUGUAAGAGCCAGCUGUGGUCCCCUUAUCCUCCUUGGUCCCUGAUCUUACCCUCACAGCCACACCCUUGCACUGCACACCUUCUCCUGGAUCAGGAGCUCUACACGCACGCCCUCAUGUGGCCUCACCACACCCUGGCGGGUGUGCCACUGCUGUCCCCAUUUCACAAAUGAGCCAGCUGAGGCGCACAGAGGUGAAGCCAUUUCUUCAUGACCAUGCUGCUCCCCUGGGAACUUGGGAGAGCUUGUUUAGGGCUGCAUCCUCAAGCUUGCCAUGGACUAGACUCCAGGAGCUUUGGAUGUGGGUGUGCUGUGAAUACUGGGUGAGCCGGUCGUCAACCAAGUCCAUUCUAAGCCUCCUACACCUUCCUUCUCCUACCAAGGGUAUAGGCUUUCUCUUAUGGCCAGGUUUUUAUUAAUCACUCUGCCUCGUGUUCACCUUCCAGCCAUCCACAAAGCUCUCUUUCCGUCUGCUCCCCUGUUCAUUUGUUUGUGCAGGUACUUUCUGUACCUCUGUGCCCCCACCUCUGGGCAAAAAGGAACAUUCACCAGACCCUGGGCUUGGAGGAAUCCAGGGAGAAAGAUAGGAAAAUAAAGUGUGAACAGAAAAGGGGACACGUAUUAAACCUUACAAGCUCAGGAGCCUGAAAAGAACCACAUAAGAUGGCGUGAGCAUAAAAAAAAAAAUUCAUGACUAAGAGGGCCAUGGCGGGAAGUCAUAUCUUUAGA